ACGUCGUUACUCCUACUUCGGAACGACACGCCCACUAUUUCGCGCUUCUUGUGAAUGGUGAUGAAAUUCAAAUAAUUUUUAUUCAAAUUAACAAAACGUUAAAACUAAUUUUCGUUGUGUCUAAAAUAAUAUUUUAUUUGUUUUAGAAUCAGAGUCUUCAAUAAUUUAUUUUAAUUUUGAAGAGAGCGCAAGACAUUUUCCGGAUAAAUAAUAAACCGAAAAAGUUUGGUGUGAUAAAUUCAGCUUUUUGACUUUUAGGUAAAAAGUGGGAGUGGUGUUGUGAAUAAUAUAUGAAAUUCGGGAGGCCCUAGAGUAACCUUAAGUGUAUACAGUGUCCCUAGUGUGAUACUGUAAAAGUGAAUAAUGCACUAAGUUGACAGAAUACCAGCAGCACAACUUUGGUAUAAUGAGUGCGGGACAGUGUUUGCCGAUUAACUCGGCUGUUUCUCGCUCGUUUUCCUCCGGCAUUAUUUCAUGUUUUCUGACAAUGCUCUUCUUCAACACAAUUGAAUGGACAAAUGGACUUCGAAUCACACACAUGAAAGUCCCUCUUGUUGCGGAUUUUCGCGAAGAAAUGGAACUUGACUGCAAUUUCGACAUGGGUGGGGAAGACCUAUACUCCGUGAAAUGGUACAAAGAUUAUCAGGAGUUUUUUCGAUACAUGCCAAGCCGGCAACCCCACACAAUGUCAUUUCCUGUACCGGGGGUUCAUCUCGUACUAGACGGAACCAAUUGCAGUUUGGCGCAUUGUAAAGUGCGCCUCAGGGACCUUACGAGGGACCAUAGUGGGGGGGCUUACCGGUGUGAAGUAUCAAGCGAGGCUCCAACAUUUCGACUAACGUCGGAAACUCACAAAGUCACAGUUGCAGCUCUGCCACGAGAAAAUCCCAGGAUUGAGGGCUUAACAACAUCUUAUAUGGAGGGUGAUACCGUUGAAGCUAAAUGCGUUUCUGAUCCUGCUGACCCUACCCCGAUACUGUCCUGGUAUAUAAAUGGAGUUGAGGCCCCUGCGAAGUCGAUCGGCGAAAUGACAAGCUCGGAACCGGAUGUCUCAGGUCUCGUUUCGCGUUCUCUAAGUUUGAGUUUCGUGGCCGAACGGAAACACUCCCAUGGGGACAGUCUCGAGCUUCGCUGCAUGUCCUCGCUGCCAGGGGUGCCUCUCCCUCCCCAAGAAACAACGCUCAAAAUUCCCAUAAGAGUCCCAGAUGCUCAAGUUAUCAACAACCAAAAACUACAUUGGUUCAAUUCGCCAUCAUCAUCGACGGCAAACACGCUCCAAGUCACUUGGAUUUUAGUGCUGGCGAGCGUCGUGCGAUGGGGCUUCACAGCCUUUGGAGAUGGCGUCCGAUAAGUAGUGAUUUUUUGACUGAUUGAACAUUUGCGAAGGGAAAAUAGUGUAAGUGCGUUAAUUUUUGAAAAUUGGUUAAACUUACAGUUGGAGACAAAAUACUUUGGUCGUCACUUUUCUGACACUUUAAUGUAAUUCAAGCUUCAACGUUAAAAUGAAUGACAA